AUGGUAGUUUUCUCAACAAAUUAUUUAUGUAUAUGUGAUUUUUAUCUUGUACAUGCAGUGCCAAAACCGUGCUGCUUAGUUGGGUGCAUGACAAUGGAGAUUGACAGUUUAAGAGAGGCAUUUGACCGAGUUGUUGAAAAGCGUGUGUUGUCUUCUGCUAAAGUUCAGGAAGCUAUUGGUCAGAUAGUGAAUGAAGUUGAGCAGGCAAUAUCGAAGAUGCAGAUGAUGAAUACAGAUACCAUGGACAGUUGUGACCACUCAUCCAUCCUUGCAGAACUGAAGGCCAAGCUAAACGAAAUGGUGCCAUUGAUCCAACUUGAAGGAUGUCAAAAGGAAUUGAAUGUUGCCCUGAGCAAAUAUCUCAAGCUCCUAGAGAAGUCUUUUAGUCCAGAUAUAGCGAAGGCAUAUAGAAAUGUGGAUUAUGAUGCCUGCACAGUAAACAACAUAAUAACGAAUCAUUUCUACCGCCAGGGCCUCUUUGAUCUUGGAGACUCCUUUGUCAAUGAGUGUGGUGAAUCAGAUGAGACUCACCUGAAAUUUUCAUUUCAGGAGAUGUAUGGAAUACUUGAAGCGAUGCAAGCAAGAAACCUUGAGCCUGCGCUCAGUUGGGCUGCUAAGAACCAUGAUCACUUGUUGCAGAAUAGCUCAAUGCUUGAGAUGAAGCUCCAUUCUCUUCAGUUUAUUGAGAUACUUACUAAAAGAAGUAGAGAUGAUGCUUUACAAUAUGCAAGGACUCACUUUGUGCCUUUUGCCUCCUUGCACACGGCUGAGAUCCAGAAGCUAAUGGCUUGCCUUAUCUGGGCUGACCGGCUUGAUCAGUCCCCAUAUGCCGAGUUUGUGUCGUCGACGCACUGGGAGAAGCUAGCUGAGGAGCUAAUCCAUCAGUUCUGCAGCCUCCUAGGACAGUCUAGGGAGAGCCCACUUGGUGUAGCCAUAUCAGCUGGUUUUCAAGGACUACCAACCUUAUUGAAGCUAAGCACGGUAAUGGCUGCCAAAAAGCAGGAGUGGCAGACCAUGAAGCAGCUUCCGGUCCCCAUAGACAUCGGACCAGAGUUCCAGUACCACUCUGUUUUCGUAUGCCCGGUGCUCAGAGAGCAGUCGAGUGAGGAUAACCCUCCGAUGCUGAUGCCCUGUGGACAUGCUGUAUCAAAGCAGUCGAUCAUGAAGCUAUCAAAGAGCAGCUCCAGGCCUUUCAAGUGCCCCUACUGCCCCUUGGAGGCGGUGGCUUCGCAGUGCAAGCAGCUUCAGUUUUAA